AUGGUCUCGCCACAGACAAUCCAGCAGUCAAAUACUCGCGUUGCAGGACUGCCCAAGGGACUCGUGGCGUUGUUCAUAGGCGCUACCGCCGGUAUAGGUCAGAGCACUCUGCGGCAGCUUGGCCAGCGAGCAUCCUCGCCACGCAUAUAUACUGUAGCUCGACCGGCGGCCGUCGCUGCGCAUGAGGAGCUGCUAGCAACGCUUCGCCAGACAAAUCCAGAUGCCGUUUUCCAUCUUAUCGCUGCUGAUGUUUCACUCAUCUCGGGGGUAGACAAGGUGGUCACAGCCGUGAGGGAGAAGGAGAGCAAGCUCGACAUCCUUUUCAUGUCGCCUGGGUUCAUGCCGUUUGAUGGUCGUCAAGAAACAAGCGAAGGCCUCGAGCCGUCCAUGACGACACGAUACUACUCGAGGCAGCGUGCGGUGGAGCAACUCCUACCCUUGCUCAAUGCUGCACCGAGCCCGCGUGUCGUCUCAGUACUGGCCGGAGGAAUGGAAGCUCCCUUGAACGAGCAGGAUUUGGACCUCAAGAACCCAGACAACUUUUCCACAUGGAACGCCAACUACCACGCAGCCACGAUGAGCACGCUUGGACUCGAGCGAGUCGCGCAAGAGAAUUCCCGCUUGAGCAUAACGCACUGGCUGCCGGGUCCUGUUGCAACACGCGGCCUAGCGGCAGUGAAAUCAAAGGGCAUCGACCCUCCUCAUCAGAAGAGCGAGGAGGAGGCGAGUGCGCUGGGCCUAUUUUUGGCGACCAGUGAUCGAUAUGCCGUCAAUGGUGGUCUCGUAAACCUGGAUGCAGGCCUUGAAGUCGCAAAGAGGUCAGCGGGAGGUAUUUUCAUCAUCAACCCAGAGGGCGACACCUCAGACAAUGAGCGCGUCCUUUCUGAUAUGAGGGGCCGAGGUGUCGAUGAGGCGGUAUGGAAGUUCACCCAAGAGACAUUUGCGCGUGUCAGCAAGUUCAAGGACCAUUUAUGA